GAAAUUUCAGAAAAAAGUUAACUAAAAAUCGAAAGCGUGAAGAAAAGAUUAAAUAAUAAUAACUUUGCAGUUUUGUUUGCAAUUUAUCUUUCACAAUGGGUCACAUUAUAAUCGACAUUGAAGGACCUUCACAAUGUUCUGUUCAGGAAAAUAAUUCAUCGAUGCUACAAGAACUCGAAACCGAGGUUUAUCAAAAUGGAUUUCUCGCGGGAUAUGUCUUUGCUGACAUGAGUUUGUACCAAAGCGAAGCCAAAAGUGAUGUUGAAGACCCUUAUUUGCAGGAAGUAGAGCAAUUUGUAACUCAUCAAUAUCAGGAAAUGCUUGGUCAGGUAGAGAAAACAUUCAAAAAGGCACAAAAAUUGAGCGAAGUGAUUCAGUAUUCGGUGAAGAAUGAUACAAAAGAGUAUCGGGAUCAAGUUGCUUGGAGAGAAAUGGAUCAAGUUUUUGGGAUUUUGUUAACAAUUUAUAAACAAUUGUCGCCUUGCUUGGAAAUACAGAAGAACAAAGAUACCAAAGAAGAAAAAAUUAAAGGAAAAGAUCAGGAAUUGAUGGAAAGGCUGAAGAGAGAAUUGAAAGAAAUUCUUGAUCAAAGUUUCAAUUUGAGACAAAUUAAUGAAAACACGUGGGAAGUUAGUUGUUUAGUGAGAUCUCUACCUAAAGUUAGUCAAACUCCAAUAGUUUUCUAUGAGAAAAGGGAUGAGCAGAAAUCUAAUCCUUUUUCUUUGAAUUAUUCGAAAACUAGUGAUCAGUAUUCAGCUCAAAUUAGCUCUGAUCCAUCACAGCCUUUGAUACUCGCAGCUACAAUUUUGCUCACCGACGAGCUCCAUAUUCCCAUUUUGCUGCAUCAACAUCCAUCAAGUUAACGAGAAUAAAAUUGCAUGCCAGCCACUUUCCCCGAGAUAAAUGGGGCAAAUUCAAAACUCAUUUGCCGAAAAAAGGCAUUAGGAUAAUUACCCAACGCUGUAAAAUGCAAAAACAAUAAACAUAAAAUAAAAUUGUUGCAAAAGUUCUCAUAACAAUAAACUCCCCCGAACUCGAGAGUGAGUUCUCCCAAAAAUAAACUGCAACAACAAAAAGUUUAAACAAUAAAACGGGAUAACAUAUGAUG